AUGAAUAAAAUAUACUAAUCUUAAGAAACUGAAGAUAUUAACUUUGAAAAUAUAUAUUAGACAUGUGUAGAAAAUUAAGCGAAUAUAGAAUAAUUAGAAAGAACUUAAAUAGAUAAUCUACAUAUUUAAAUUUAUGAUUUGUCGUUAACAUAUAUUUAGAGUAUUUUUCAUAAAAUAUAUCCUUAUAAAAUAAUCAAAAACCUCAAAUUAUCUUUCAGAACUAACUAUCAUAUUUACAAAUAGAAUUAAUACAUUCAAGUUCUUGCUCAACUGCUAUUUAAUAUUUGUUAAAUAGAGCAUAUAAUCAUAAAUAAAUAUAAAACAGCUAUUACAAUUCAAAACAUAAUUCCAUUUUUGAAAGAAGCUCAGAAUAAUUUAGAAUUAAAUUAAUUAACAAUAUGCUUCAACUUUUUAAAAGAAAAAUAUGAAAAAGAAAUCAAUUAUAAUUUAAUGCUUUUUAGUUAAGAGCUUGGAUAUCUUUCUUAAAUAAAGAAACUCAAUUUUUCAUUGCAGAAUUUUCAGUUGAAUUAACAAUACGCAUAAGGGAUUUUUCAAGGCUUUAGAGAUUAUCAUCAUAUUGAGAAACUUGAUUUAAAAAUUUUAAUCAAUGAUGUUUAAAUAUAGAUUUUUUAAUACAUAAAGGAAUAAAUUUCGUAUUUAAUUAAUUUAAAAGAAUUGAAUUUUUAGAUACAAAUUUCAGAAACAAAUUUAGAGUAGAUUUAAAAAAUAAUUUAAGAAUUAAUGAUUUCUUUGAAGCUUUUAGAAGUUUUUUCUAUAAAUAUUCUUUUCAAAUAAAGAAAUAAUAUUGCAUAUAAGUAAACAGUAUUAGAAGAAAAUUUAAUACCUUAAAAUAGUAUCAAAAAGCUAACAGUCAAUAUAAAAAAUGAUGAGAGUAUAGCAAAUAAUAUUUCAUUUUCAAAUUUUAGUAAUCAAAUAUUUUUUGGAUUAAAACAUUUGGAAUAGAUUUCUUGGGAUUUAACUAACUGCAGCGAAAUAAAUUUUGAACAUUUUUGUUAAAUCCUUAACAAUAAUAUUAACCUAAAAAAUUUAAAAUUAAAAAUAGGUAAUAAUAAAAACCUUAACAGUUUAUGUCUUUCAAUUUAAAGAGCUUAGCUUUUAGAAAAUCUCAAUAUAAAAUUAAAAUAUGCUAUAAGUUAAGUGGAUGGUAUCUAAGAGAUAUCAUAGCUUUUUAAAUGCAUUAAACAAUUAAAGUACUUGAAGUUAGAUUUGUUAAAUGUUGAAGUUAAUAGUGAAAUUUUAAAUGCACUUGCAUUUGAAAUUGGUAGCUGUUAAUAGCUUUAAAUUUUAAUUUUUAAAUUUGAUUUUAAUGUUAUAAAGAAUAUAGACUAAGUUAAAUUUUUUAAAAAUUUAUAAAAAAAUUAAUACCUCAAUUAUUUAUAGCUUGAUUUUAGCACCUAUAAGAGAGAGAAAAUCCUUAAAAUCAAAAUAUAAGAAGAUUUUUCUUUUUAUAAUUGUAAUACAUAUAAUCCUUUUAGGUAAAUGGAGAAAAAUAAAUAAUAAUUAUAAUAAUUUGAGUCAUUCGAAGAAGAAGUUAAUAUGAAUAUAAAAAAAUUUAAAAGACUAGUAAAAUGUGAUUGCAUUUUAGAUAGGCUUAUUGAAUGGUUCGAAUGUGGAUAUGAUAAUGAAUAAAAUUACAUAUUUCUAGAUUCUGAUGAAGAUUCUUAUUAUAUAGAUGAUUUCUGA